AUUGCUGCGCAUGCGUAGUGCGUUUGUCCCCGGAAGUUCACACACAUGUCCGGAGCUGAUACAACCUUGGAAAGCCUGCGGAACAAUCUACUUGUCAAACCUAUGUAACGCAACAAACCACACCAAGGAUGCCAGUAACGAGACUACUAUAUCCUUUCUACCAGCUGGGUAACCCCCAGCUGAGACUCUUCAGACCGAACUGGUUCUUGAAGCUGGUGAGGCCUGGAAAAGAGCAGCCUCCUGAUACGGUCCAGUUCCGCAUCCCAAUGGAAAUGACAAAGUAUGAUGUCAAAAAUUACCUGGAGAAGGUAUACAAUGUUCCAGUGGGAGAAGUCCGCACCAGGAUACAGUUUGGUUCCAACAAGAAGAGGAAUCACCUUAAUCAGAGGGUGAAGCAGCCUGACUAUAAAGUGGCGUAUGUUCAGCUGGCUCAGGGUCAGACAUUUGCUUUCCCUGAUAUCUUCCCGGACAAGACCACCGCGCCAGCAGAGGGUUCCAUGGAAGAGAUGCAGGAGAAGUUCAUGGAGGACGAGAAGCAAAGGCAGAAACCUGACCCAAGAAGAGGAGGGGUCACAGAGUGGUUCGGACUCUGAGGCCGCUCACCUACUGGGAACUGUGUGUGUGGGUGGGUCGAAGGCUCUUUCACUGACUGAAACACACUGAAGCAGCAACUGUUGGGAUGCCAUUUCUAUUUCUGCAUACCAAACUCUCAAGCGUGCAUAUGUCUGCAUCUGUUUUGUGUGCGUGUGUGUGUGUGUGUGUGUGAGUGUGUGUGUGCAUCUUUUCUACCCCAAAGUUGUAUUUGUCACAAAUCUCAUAGGGAGUGAAUAAUAAAUAUGAGAAUUGUAACUGUG